UUCCCGGGACCUUCCUAAGUUCUAACCCUCAUUGACUUUUGACUUUCAAUAAAAAUAAAAACAAUCUGCAAGUGUCCUUCAUCUCCAUCAAAAGCAGCAGGACAUGGACAUGGACGUGGACCAGGAGGAAAAGGAACCUUCAUUCUCUUACGAUUCAAGACUAAAAAAGUGCAUUGAACCGCUGUUACACUUGACUCUCACUUUAUCAAUUCAACAAUCUAUACAUACAGAUUUGUCUAACCAUUUCUGCGCUAACCUCCUUCAACAUGAUGACGAUGAUCAUCUCAGCUCUUCAACUUCAGAUCAGUUUGAAGGUGUUCCUCCAUAUCCAUUAUACAAGCACUUAGCGUCAGCUUUGUGGAAGUCGAUAUCCUCCGGUACUGUUCAUAGGAUGCAUGCCAAUCCGUCUUUGAUCAAUGAAGCUCCUUCAUUGAAAGAGAAAGAACAGGAGUGGAACAAGAUUAUUGUGGAAAAAGGAUCUGACCUAGUAAAAUUGCUGGAGAGUGUAGAUUUUCAACUUCAUGUUCAGGAGCCUUUUUUCUCCCAGCUCAAAGAUGGGAAGAAAACUAUUGAAGGAAGGUGUGCUGGUGGCAACUUCAACCGUAUUGCACCAGGAUCUUUAAUUCUCUUCAACAAAUGUUUGUUGCUUCAAGUUCAGGGUGUUCACCACUAUAGCUCGUUUUCUGACAUGCUAGCGACGGAGGAUCUUACUAAAGUUUUACCAGGUGUAGAAACUGUCAAAGAAGGGAUACAAGUAUAUAGGAAGUUUUACUCUGAAGAGAAGGAAAUGUCAAACGGAGUGCUAGCAAUUUUUCUUAUGAAACCCGCAUCACAGCUUUAUGAUCAUUUGGCUGCCAUUCUUACGGCACUGCAUUAUGAUGGAAUUCGGAGGCUUUUGGGCAUGGCACAGACCGUGGGAACAAUUCCGGAUGCACUUCCUCUGCCAAGAUCUAGACUACUUUCUGCUUUUUCAUAUCCACAUAAUCCAGAUGCUAAAAGUUCAGUUUUGACGGAUGGAGCUAGGGCUUUGGCUAAGCAUGUGAACAGGAACAACGGAAAAUUUUGGGGAUGUUUAACCGGAAAUGAGUCUCGUAAAAAUAUGCUAGCCUUAAAGGUAAUCAGUCACUUGAUAGCCCAUUGCUGCUGGCUAAACGUGCAUAAUGUUGCACCACAUGGCGCUGUAUUCGAGAUCCGGGUUCAGGAUGGUUAUGGUGCACGAUGGUCCUUAAACCCAACCAAGUUCAUAGGAUUUCUUGAACCGUAUAUGGAGGAUGGUUACAGCAGGGGAUGGAAGCAUUAAGACAUUCAUUAGAUGACGAUUAGUUGUAAUGGUGGUCGGGAAGGCAGUGGAUCAAGGGCGGCAAUGUUCUAUUUAGCCAUUAUGAAAUGCCAUUUUGAUGUCGCUUACCCGACAAAGCUUAAAGUCAAAUGCCAUUUGAGGAAUGACAGGAACACAAGUUUCCUUAAAACUAGAAAAUUGGUUGACGAGUCAAUGUCCUAUUUGAGGAUCAGUUAGCUACUGUUAGUACAUGUAUGGAUCGACGUUUCAUAAGAUUCUCCAACGGCCGUAUAUGUAAGAUACAAAAGCUAUAUACAAGUACUAUAUGUAUCUAUUCUCUAGAGUCCAACAAUGAUGGUCUUCCUUAUAGCGACUUCUAUUUUGAAUGUAGGUAUCCAACAACUUUGAACUUUUAAUCUUUGUCUGCCAAAUAGUUAAUUUGUUUUCUUUGAAUCUUGAUAUUCUGAUUUUGCAAUUGGAAAUUUCUGU